AUGCAGAUUAUUCGCACCUUUACCACAGUCCUUGCCCUUUCAGGUUUGGGUUAUGCGCAUCCUGCAGAUGCCGACUUUGGAGCUGUGGAUACGCGCGACCUCCUACCCCGCGACGUAGACCUACAGUCAGUCUACAAGCAACUCGAUUCCCAAGGAAAAUUACACUGGGAAGCGGUACCAGACGGCGGCGAAGUAGCCAAGGUAGAUGCUGCCGCCGCCGCAAAGGCAAGACGAGAGAUCGCCGAUGAGCGUGCGAAGCGUCGUCGAGACCUUACUGAGCGCGGCGUAAGUGAAGACGAGAUCAACGCUCUGGCCAAACGGGACGGCACCGACCAAGUAGAAGACUCCAGCGGUAAUCAGCUCAAAGCGAAGUGGUACUGCCACGGUGCUGGGGGUCUCGGGUUCACAGUUCUGCGUACUAUCGGCUCUAUAAUGAUCUGUAGAGGCUUGGAUGAGUAUUACACUUCUUCUGCAACGGGAAGGUGGUUUUGGCGAUCCCCACCUCAGCAAGAUAAUACCAACAACGUAAAACGGGACUUGGACACGAAAGAAGCGGAAACUCUGGAAGAGAGACAAGGCGGAAGAUACCUCAGAAUGGUUGCAGCAGUCAACAAAGUCACGGCUGUCUCUAUCAAGUCGGGCCUCUGCACUGGCCCACUAGGCUGGAUCGUGAAUGGGGUAGCCUGUCCGUCUGAUUCCAGUACUGAAGGUGCCACUGUUGGCGGAAAAGUCAGCAUCAGGGAUGCCAAAUCCAACUCGUGGUUUGAUGGGAACGAAAUAGCUGCCGUGGAAGUCUGGGCUGAAGAGACCGACCCACCAAAAUAAAUACAACGUAGAAAUCAAUCACUGGAUAGAAUCGCCUAGGCUUUUGAAGAAUGGUGGUCGAGUUACCUCCCUAGCUUAUGUUUUAUAAGGAGUUCUUGUAUUUGGAUGGGUUGAUAGUAUCACUUUGGUUGCCAC